AGACAUUUCGGCGGGUUGCUAGGGCUUUGCUAACGAAAAUGGAUGGGGACUAACGGAGUGGUAUUUUUGUUAUGAGAAUAGUAUUUAGGUGGUAUUGAUGUAAUAUUUAAGUUUUAAGUGUUAAAUAUGUAAUAUAUAUGUUAUAAAGUGGUAUGUAUGUAAAAAUCCCAAAUAAAUAUUAUGCCUCGUGUUCAAAGAUCUUAGAUAUGGCGGAAUCUGUAACUGCUUUCUUUUCGCAAGUAUGAGACCAUUUACCUCUCUGCAGCUGCGGCUGCAGAAAUAUCUUAGCGGGAAAUGGCCGCUGUGGCCGCCGCCAUUGCAUCAACUUCCUUUCCUUCUCGUCCCCUCCUCUCCGCCGCAGCAUUAGACCUAAAAAACCUUCUUUUUAACGAACCCCUUCCCUUCCGCGACCUCAAGCUCAUCCAUGGCCGCUUCUACCGCCUCAGCCUCGACGACGAUGGCUACCUCCUCAACCUCCUUCUCCGCUCUUCGUUCGUCUCCGGACACCCCGCCCAUGCCCUCCUGCUAUUCUCACGAACCACAAAACCAAACAUUUUCCACUACAACACCGCAAUCCGCGGUCUGGUCUCAGCCAAUCUCAUGGCGGAGGCUGUUCACUUUUACUGCAAUAUGCGACGGGAAGGUUUGUCGCCUGACAACUUCACUUUCCCCUUUGUUCUAAAGGCCUGCGCGAGGCUUCUUGAUUUGGAAACCGGAGUGAAGAUCCAUGCCCAACUUCUAAAAGUUGGAUUUGAGCUGGAUGUCUUUGUCAAUACUAGCUUGGUAUCGAUGUAUGCAAAAUGUGGCGGAUUGGAUGACGCCCAGAAGAUGUUUGAUGAAAUGCCUGUUACAAAUGUUGUGUCUUGGACUGCAAUGAUUAGUGGAUACAUCAGCGAAGGCAAGCUGAAGGAGUCUGUAGAUGUGUUUCGAAAGUCACUGGAGAGGGGAUUGAAGCCAGAUAGUUUCACCCUCGUGAGAGUGCUGACUGCUUGCACCCAAUUGGGCGAUGCGAAGAUGGGAGAAUGGAUACAUGAAUUAGUAUCUGAGAAGGACAUGGAUAGGAAUGUGUUUGUAGCUACCUCACUUGUUGACAUGUAUACUAAAUGUGGAAGAAUGGAGAGAGCUCGCCAUGUUUUUGAUGGAAUGGCGCAGAAGGAUGUUGUUUCAUGGAGUGCAAUGAUUGGUGGAUAUUCUUCUAAUGGGCUCCCUAAGGAGGCAUUGGAGCUGUUUUUCAAAAUGGAAGCUGAGAAUAUAAAGCCGGAUUGUUUCACCAUGGUUGGAGUUCUUUCAGCUUGUGCAAAACUUGGGGCCCUUGAAUUGGGUGAAAGAGUUACUCACUAUAUGGAAAUGAAUGAAUUCCUCUCAAACCCAGUUUUGGGGACUGCGUUGAUUGAUAUGUAUGCAAAGUGUGGCAGCAUGGCUCGGUCCUGGGUGGUUUUUGAACGAAUGAGUGAGAGGGAUCUCAUAGUUUGGAACGCUAUGAUUAAUGGUCUUUCCAUGACUGGUCAUGGAAAGACUUCCUUUGGGUUAUUUGCUCAAAUGGAGAAGCUGCAAAUAAGCCCAGAUGGUAAUACUUUUGUAGGCCUCCUUUGUGCUUGUACUCACACAGGUUUGGUAGAAGAUGGACGUGCAUAUUUCAAUAGCAUGGGUCAAGUUUACUGCUUGAGUCCCAGAAUAGAGCACUAUGGAUGUAUGGUUGAUCUUCUUGGGCGUAAUGGUUUGUUGGAAGAGGCUCAUCAGUUGAUAAACGAGAUGCCAGUGGAAGCUAACGCUGUUGUUUGGGGGGCUUUGCUUGGUGGUUGCAGGAUACAUCGAAAAAUUGAUUUGGCAGAGCAUGUCUUGAAGAAGUUAAUUGUGUUAGAGCCUCAUAACUCUGGUAAUUAUGUUCUGCUAUCAAAUAUCUAUGCUUUAAAUGGUAGAUGGGAUGAGUCUGAAAAACUUAGAUUGACUAUGAAGAGAAGGGGAAUUCAAAAGACUCCUGGUUAUAGUUGGGUGGAGCUGGAUGGUGCUGUUCAUGAGUUCCAUGUAGGAGACAAGUCCCAUCCAAUGUCAGAACAAAUCUAUCUGAAGCUGGAUGAACUAACCAAGCAAUUAAAGGCAAUGGGGUACAUGCCAAAAACUGAAGUUGUCUUAUUUGACAUCGAAAAUGAAGAAAAGGAGCAUUCUCUUGAACAUCACAGUGAAAAGCUGGCAAUUGUAUUUGCACUCAUCAGUACGCAGCCGGAGGAAACAAUAAGGGUAGUGAAGAAUCUCAGGGUUUGCAGCGACUGUCAUUCAGCUAUAAAGCUUAUUUCCAAAAUCUACAGUAGGGAGAUAAUUGUCAGGGAUAAUAACCGGUUCCAUUGUUUCAGAGAGGGAGCUUGUUCAUGUAACGAUUAUUGGUGAAACCAAAAAUGGAACAAAAAAUUAUUGGGUCGUAGGAGUUGGUGAAAACAUGGAGGGAAGCAUGGAGAUUUAGAAGAAAGCAGUCUCAUCCGCUCAACCAGAUAGUUUGCCACGUUUAAAAAUCGAUAUUCCUGGAGUUUCAAAAGGAAAAUCGACCUAAAGAAAGACCAACCGGUGCUAACAAUGAACUCCGUAAAAUGCUAUGAAGUAAGAAAUACUCCGUCUUUUGAUCUCAAUCCUGUCUCUUGCCUGCUUGAUUCUUUGCUAAAGCUCAUCUCACCCACUUUUAUUGAUUCACAUGAGUGGAACUGGGGAUUUCUGCUCAAGCUAUUCUGUCAAUUAGUGUAAAUUGAUAUGGAGAAAAAAGAAAGUCUGUGUGGUGUAUUGGAAGACAAGAAAUCUGAGAACAAUAUAAUUUUGUAAUUCAUAACCCAGCUUUACGUGUAAAUUUGAUCCAACUGUAUAUUUUUCUUCUUUUCUUUAUCAUAUAAAAAAUUUGAAUGAGUAUGUAUUUGUAGAA